AAAGGUUAAAAGCGAUGUGUAACGGUCACUGAAAUGUAGGCUCCAUUCUCAGAUUUCAUUGUAAUUACGAGUACAACGACCUAACCAGAAACCUACUAAAGCCAUUCUUAACAGCCAGCACAAAUUCAAGCACAAUCGCCCUCAGACAUCGGCUCUGAAUGGCUAAAUGACAAAAACUCGAUAUCGGCGCUGCUGAUCGAGCAAAAAAAAAGAAGAUAAAUGACGAGUCAGGGGUCCCAGGUUAGAUUGGACCCAGGUUAGGAUUACAUGUACCGAAGCCGUUCGGUACAAUCAUCUAUACACACUACACAAGUGGCUCUUGCCACUGUAAUAUCUCACCUCCCUCGUCGAACACAGAAUACAAAGUGCCGACAAAGCUCGUGGCUUUGUGCCUCGCGUCUCCGCUUCUCGCUAACACAUGUGCACCUGUCAAAGAACACCCACUAACAUUGCAGGAAUGACUAGUGGAAUCAAAAUCAAGUGUGGCUAGGGCCCUCCCUUUGUCGUUAUGGCGGCGCCUACCGGUUGGGGUAUAAAAGGUCCCGAGCUGGGGUCAGGGCGUCAGAAGCCACGAUGUUUCGACUGCUUCUGUUGGCAGCGGCGGUGGCCGGCGGGUGGGCCGAGUGCCCCCACACGUGGACUCUGUCACCCUGGAGUGACUCGGCGUCUUGGCCUGAUGGACAGGUUCCGACCGCGGGCAGUGUCACGAUCAGCACGCCUGUGCUUCUAGAUGUAAGUCCCCCACCAAUGGACACCAUCACCAUCGCCGACGGAGGAAAACUGGUGUUCGACCCUGCCGUGGAGUCUCUGAAACUCUCCGCCAACAUGGUGGAAAUCACUGGCGGAGAGUUCUGGAUCGGUUCGGAAGACUGUCCCUACACCUCUGAGGCUGAGGUUCUGCUUACCGGUAAGAGGGACGAAAGCGAAGGCGCUGCCUCUGUCCAGAAAGCCAUUCUUGUUCGUUCUGGUGUCCUCGAGGUUCACGGCGAGCUCAAACUUUCGUGGACCCGUCUCGACGCCACCCUCCCGAAAACAACGAGGGAAGAAAUCACAAGUGGAGCGAUCAAAAGCGUUGUCGAUACAGAGAACACACGUGGUAGUGGUUUUCACAUGUUUGAAUUUGACCCUCAGGGCAACGGCGUGAAGAACUGGCGUAGGGUGUUUGGCCCUGCGAAGUUUACAAACGUAGCAAACAAGGUGGGAAAUAUCGCGCUUGUCGUGGUGCAGCGACAGGCGCUUUUCGGAACAUCCACACCAGAAGAAACAGCCGCAGCCUUUGAAAGCAUGUGCUUUGGCGGACAGCAGUCUAGCGCAAUGCGAGACCUUGUCGCUAGACAGCGCAUAGCUUUUGCAGCCAUCUGUCACAUUGGUUCUCCAGAAAACAGCGUCGAGCUGGUCGGAACGUUUGGCAACGACAGGUCGUCGACUGGCUGGCUCAGUAAGACGAUUGGUGGUAUUACUUUCGCUGCCAUGUCGGUGGCCUCUACAAUCAACUACACUCCGGUCAGUCGCGUCGAGAUGAUCUCUUUUACUGCAGGCUCGGUUCCAUCAUUUACGCAGACGCUAACCCUGGCUGAACCUGUCACAGAUUGGCAAGUGGGAGACGACAUUGUCAUAGCUUCAACAGACUUCCACCAGGGUCAAGCUGAGCAGUUUACGCUUCUGGAAUGUGCGGGGUGCCAGGACGACCAGGUUAUGAUCGAGGGUCCUGUCUUCUUCACCCACUGGGGAGAGGAGACGGACGGUGUUGAUAUGAGGGCAGAGGUUGGCAUGCUCACUCGUAAAGUUAAAAUCCACGGAGAAAUGGAGGACGAAUGCUACGGCGAUAAUCUCUGCGAGCGAUUCAGCUAUGACACAUUCGGCGGACAAAUUAAGGCGCUGCGGGAUUUCAGUUCGGUUCAGAUCGAAAAUGCCGAGAUUUACCACAUGGGACAGCAAUCCGUCAUUGGAUCUUACCCCAUCCAUUUCCACAUGUGUUUGGACACAUCAGGCAAGAAUGCAGCUAUCAGACAGAACUCCAUCCACGAUACCUUCUCCCGUUGUGUGACAAUCCACGGCACGCACAAUGUAACUCUCGAGAACAACGUGGCUUACAACCACCUGGGUCACUGCUACUUCCUGGAGGAUGGCGGAGAGCAGCACAACACCUUCCUGGGCAACCUCGGCUUCGGAACCAAGGCCGGGACGCUGCUGCCAAGUGACAGAGCCGGCCGGGUGAGCACGUUCUGGAUCACGAACCCCGACAACACCCUGAACAACAACGUCGCCGCCGGAUCAGACGGCAUCGGCAUCUGGAUUCUGAUGCCGCUUCUCCCUACAGGACCGUCGGCCGACGUCGACAUGGGUCUGGUCAGCGGCCAGUCCCUGCGCACGGCGCUGAGGGGAUUCAGUGGCAACAGAGCUCAUUCCAAUCUUGAUUUCGGUCUUCGUCUCGAUGAUAUUCUCAGAAACGAUGGCACGUUUGGGCCCGCGAAGUAUGCCCCAAGGGUGGAUCCAACUGACCCCAGAAGUGACUUCGAGCACUUGAUUAUCGACGAUUUCACCGCUUAUAAGAACACCGAGGGAGUUUGGAUCAAGUCGAUGUGGACACUCUGCACCAACUUCCGUCUGGCAGAAAACCAUAUUGGACUUAUUUUUGCCUCUGCUGGCCCAGAGGACCGCAGACCGCACCAUGAGAUGCUCGGCAACUCCAGGGUAGUCGGCAACACAGACAACAAGGGAGAGCCGGCGGGAAGAGUGAGCUUUGGAUCUGGCCAGUCCAUCAUAUUGGACCGCUCAAUUCCCAGAAAGAAGGGAAAGAACGCCCAAAUCGGUGUAGCCUUCUACCGAGGUCCUGUGCAUGUGGUUGACAGUUCAUUCGCAGGUUUUGUUUCCAACGAGCUGCGUGGGGCUGGCGCCAUCGGAAAGAAACCAUCUAACCCGUACUUCUCUUCGCCCAUCGCCAGCGUGCGAAACGCCACUUUUGACUUUGUCGACCCCAGUGGCGGAUCACGUUUCUACGACGGAGAUGGAACCGUAUUGGGCUACAAGGAGAGGGACGGAAACCGACACAACAUCGUGCUCGACUGGGACGGCUCGCUGACCACGUAUCCUCUCGCCAGUGUGGUGCGUCCGAUCCCGGUCCUGAUGAACGCGCGUUGCGUUCUCACUCCCAACUGGGGUCCGGGCACGGCCAUCUGUCCUGACCGAUUCUCCCGUCUGAAGGUUACCGGCAGCCAGCCCAGGCCCAAGGCCUUCGUGACACGCGACGAUCUCCAGGCGAGUGAGGUGGAGGUCAGCCUAGGCGAGCAGCAAGUCAGUUUCUCUAUGAACACGGCAGAGUCGUACAUCGUCCACUUCAACACCACAGUGCCGCAGAGGGUGGUCAUCAUCCCCUUCGGCCUGCAGCAGGACCUCUACCAGAAGGUGGCCGUGUGUGUCGGAGCCAGCCAGCAGAUCACCGUGACGCCAAACACGUACUCGGCGGCAGACUCAAUCGCAGAGGUGGACGCAGACGAGACCAACAGCAAGUACUUCUAUGACUCCGCCGUUGGCACCGUACAUUUCAGGUUCUCCAAUCCGUUCCCGCGCGGUGAGCACACCACAUCGCACUGUCCCGGUACUGAGGAGGACCAGAACGGGGAGUGUCUGCCCGUGGUGAAGAUCAUCCAGGAAGCGAACAAUGAGGACGGUGACUGUCGCGAGAGGGCCUACCCCAAGUACCAGACGACGCCCGUGUCCGCAGAGGGAGCCCUCACGGUGCCUACGUUCUCGUAAAAUGAGAGCGGCCUAGAGUGAAUUGAUACCAUGUUUGGCGUUUGCUUACUUUGGGUUCUGUGUGCUAGUGCACAGUGACAGCGGAUGAAUUUGAUUCUAGAUUAGAAAAAAACGCUGCACAGAUUUGGUGAAAGGUGAUUUUCAUUGUUUUAUGUUUUAUGUCAUGUUAAUAAAUGAUUUUGGCAGA